UUCCAGUCCCUCCUCAAAUUUGAAACUUUUUCUCCGGGAGUCAAGUUUCAAGCGCUUGUAACCGAUCCCUGAAAAAAAAAACAACCUUCAAUUAUUUACACUGGUGUUUACCUGAGGCAGUGGGCACGACACGGCUUGAAUUGAAAGAAACGGGGAAUUAUUUGGGACAAAGAAGGAUUCGAUUGGAAUAAAUGUCCCGUCCGAUCACGAUGCGGAUUCGGGAGUUUUGCAUCGAAUAAAGUUUGAAAAAUAGUUUGAAAAAAAGUAUCACAAACGAGUGUAACUGAGCGGAGUUUACUGUUUGCAGACGCUAGUGUCCGGCGGAGAGGGAAGCACACACAAAGACAGCAUGGACACCUUCAGCACUAAGAACCUGGCCCUGCAGGCGCAGAAGAAGCUGAUGAGCAAGAUGGCGACCAAGUCGGUGGCCCACAUGUUCAUCGACGACACCAGCAGCGAGGUCCUGGACGAGCUGUACCGCGUGGCCAAGGAGUACACGCGGAACCGCAAGGAGGCGCAGAAGGUUAUCAAGAACCUCAUCAAGACGGUGGUGAAGCUGGGCGUGCUCUACCGCAACAACCAGUUCAACGGGGAGGAGCUGGCCCUGGUGGAGCGCUUCCGCAGGAAGGUCCACACCCUGGCCAUGACGGCGGUCAGCUUCCACCAGAUCGAGUUCACCUUCGACCGCCGCGUCCUCUCCGCCAUGCUCAACGACUGCAGGGAGCUCCUGCAUCAAGCCAUCAACCGCCACCUGACCGGCAAGUCCCACGCCAGGGUCAACCACGUCUUCAACCUCUUCGCAGACUGCGACUUCCUGGCUGCCCUCUACGGGCCCUCGGAGGUCUACCGGCCGCACCUGCAGAAGAUCUGCGAGGGCAUCAACAAAAUGCUGGACGAUGGUAACCUCUGACCUUCUCAACGUCCGUUCCCUGUUUCGAACAGGGAUGGAAAUGAGACUCCUGUUGCGUAGCAGUUUCACCCAUUCCAAGUUCGACUAUGAGCUUGAUUAGCCACAGCGUGGAGGUAACGAGCUCAGAUGUGUCUUAU